AUGGCUAUGAAAUCUGCUGCUUCCACCUUGAUCUCUGCUUCUUCCACCUUGCUCUCUGCUUCAUCCACCAUCACCAGACACCUUCAUGCCUCUGGUGGAAAGAAGAAGAUUGUAGGUGUGUUCUACAAAGGCAAUGAGUAUGCUGCAUCGAAUCCCAAAUUUGUGGGAUGUGUUGAAGGAGCAUUAGGUAUUCGCGAGUGGUUGGAAUCACAAGGACAUGAAUACAUUGUCACUGAUGACAAAGAAGGACCCAAUUCUGAACUUGAGAAGCACAUUCCUGAUCUUCAUGUCUUGAUAUCUACACCAUUUCACCCUGCCUAUGUCACCGCCGAAAGAAUUAAGAAAGCUAAGAAUUUAGAGCUACUUUUGACUGCCGGAAUUGGUUCUGAUCACAUUGAUCUCAAUGCUGCGGCUGCUGCUGGUUUAACCGUCGCAGAAGUCACAGGAAGCAACACAGUAUCUGUUGCUGAGGAUGAGCUCAUGAGAAUUCUCAUUCUGGUGAGGAAUUUUGUGCCUGGUUACCAUCAGUCUAUUACAGGAGAAUGGAAUGUUGCUGGCAUUGCACAUAGAGCCUAUGAUCUCGAAGGAAAGACGGUAGGAACAGUAGGUGCUGGACGAAUCGGGAAGCUUUUACUCCAAAGGCUGAAACCUUUUAACUGUAACCUUUUAUAUCAUGAUAGACUUAAGAUUGAGCCUGAAUUGGAGAAAGAAAUUGGAGCUAAGUUUGAAGAGGACCUCGAUGCAAUGCUUCCAAAGUGUGAUGUUAUUGUUAUCAACACGCCUCUCACUGAAAAAACAAGAGGAUUGUUUGACAAAAAUAGAAUUGCUAAGUUGAAGAAAGGUGUCUUGAUUGUUAACAAUGCUCGCGGGGCAAUUAUGGACACACAAGCAGUUGCUGAUGCUUGCUCUAGUGGACACAUUGGAGGUUACAGUGGGGAUGUUUGGUUCCCUCAACCAGCUCCAAAAGAUCAUCCAUGGCGCUACAUGCCAAACCAUGCCAUGACUCCUCAUAUUUCGGGAACCACCAUAGAUGCACAGUUACGCUAUGCUGCUGGAGUUAAAGAUAUGCUUGAGAGGCACUUCAAGGGUGAAGACUUUCCUCAACAGAACUACAUUGUGAAGGAGGGUGAAUUAGCAAGCCAAUACCGGUGA